AUGGCUCGAGAUUUGGAGGAAACUGGCUCAUCCUCGGAGGGGGAAGAUGUUGUAGAUGGGCUGGAGGACCACCCGUGUAUCCGGUGGACUGGUGGCGGCUGCAGGCGGGUCCCCGUCCUGGUGUUCCAUGCUGAGGCCAUUCUGACCAAUGACAGCUACCUCCGCCUCAUCGGAGAGCGCUACCGCCUGUCCUAUAAGAUCGUGCGGACGGACAGCCGGCUGGUUCGCAGCAUUCUGACUGCCCACGGCUUCCAUGAGGUGCACCCUAAUAGCAGUGAUUAUAAUCUCAUGUGGACGGGAUCACACUUGAAGCCCUAUUUGCUGCGUUCUCUUACAGAUAUUCAGAAAGUCAAUCAUUUCCCUAGGUCAUAUGAACUGACACGGAAGGACAGACUAUACAAGAAUGUCAGUCGUAUGCAGCUGGCCCAUGGAUUCAAGACAUUCCAUAUCCUACCUCAGACCUUUAUCCUCCCGACAGAGUACCAGGACUUCUGCAAUACCUAUUCCAAGGACAAAGGCUUAUGGAUAGUGAAGCCUGUGGCCUCUUCCAGGGGUCGAGGUGUCUACCUGGUAAACAAUCCAAACCAGAUUGUUCUGGAAGACAACAUCCUGGUUUCUCGUUACAUCAGCAAUCCCCUGCUUAUAGAUGAUUUCAAAUUCGAUGUGCGCCUCUAUGUUCUGGUUACAUCCUAUGAUCCACUUGUCAUCUAUCUGUACGAGGAAGGAUUGGCCAGGUUUGCAACAGUGAGGUAUGAUCAGGCAUCCCAAAAUAUUAAAAACCAGUUCAUGCAUCUGACCAACUACAGUGUCAACAAGAAGAGUGGAGAUUAUGUCAGCUGUGAUGAUCCUGAAGUAGAGGAUUAUGGAAACAAGUGGAGCAUGAGUGCAAUGCUGAGGUACUUAAAACAAGAAGGGAGAGACACGGCAGCACUGAUGGCCAACGUGGAGGACCUGAUUAUCAAGACUGUAGUUUCUGCUGAGCUGGCCAUUGCCACAGCAUGUAAAACUUUUCUUUCACAUCGUGGCACCUGCUUUGGUAAGGCCCUGGGGGCAUCUUCAUUUAUUGGCUCUUGA